CCUAAGAUUCCCGCAGAUUCGAUAUCGAUAGUGCCAAUGUUACAAACGUGUCCACACUAACCUAAAUACUCGCUUAAAUAUUUUUGGUGGGAUAUUUGAGACGAUAAUGCUGGAUGGUUGCGCUCAUGAAAUUCACCAGAGACAUAUGCAGGCUGUUGGGACUCGGGAGCGGCCCCCCUGUCCAGCAGCAGGAGGAACAGAUGGACUGUGGUGCUGCAACCCCUGACCCAAGUGAUGAUGCCACUUUGUUACAGGAUCCAUUAAAUGGAGAGGAGGAUCUGAGUGAGGAAGAGAAGGUCAGACGGAGGGCAGAGCGACGCAGAGCAAAGAGGAAGCGCCGUAGGAAACGUAAGAAGCAGGAGCAGGUUAAGCAAAAUGAGAAUGCUGAACAGGACGAUGAAGACGAAGAUGGAGGUGCGGAGUCUGAAUUGGAUGAGAGUGAGUCAGAGGCAGAGGUUAAUGCUGAAGAGGAGAAACAAGUGCAGAAGGAGGAGAAAAAGGACGCAAAGUCAGCCGCCUAUCACAAGUAUGAUACCACUCCUCUCACGGCUCCCCCAGGAAUCAAAGGGCAUCAGAAGAUCCAUGCCAGAUCUGCUGAAGAGGAGCCAGAGUGGGAUGUGAGCAGUGCCUUCUUUGCUAAUGCUGCUAGCCAUAUCAAACCCAAAGGAUCAUGUCGCAAGUCCAAAGAAAACAAGGAGAAUGAGGACAGGAGAGAGGUGAAUGGAUACUGUGAAAUCAGUACAAAUGGAACUGACACCAUGACUAAGAAAAGCGCAUCACUGACAGAAAAAGGGAUAAAACUUGUGCAAGAGGGGCAAUACUCGCAAGCUGUCAGUAUGUUUACAGAAGCCAUCAAAUGUGAUCCAAAGGAUUACAGGUUCUUUGGGAAUCGUUCUUAUUGCUAUUACUGCUUGGAGCAGUACCCUCAGGCCCUGGCAGAUGCUGAACGCUCCAUUCAGCUGGCACCAGAAUGGCCCAAAGGACAUUUCCGCAAGGGCAGUGCUCUCAUGGGCAUGAAGCGGUACGGUGAGGCAGAGAAGGCUAUGGAGCAGGUGCUAAAACUGGACAAAGAAUGUGAAGAGGCCGUCACCGACCUGUUAAACUGCAAAGUGCUGCAGUUAAUGGAGUUUGGUUUUGAUGAAGGGCAAAGUGUCCUACUGCUGGAGAAAUUCUCAACUGUGCAGGCUGUUUUGGCAUCUUGUUCUGAUGCUGCCAGGGCUGGGAGCCAAGAUCAGUCAGUUGUGCUGCCAGGAAGCCCUUGCCCAUCUCUCUGGGUGGGAAAUGUGACAACUGAGCUAACUGAGAAUCACCUAUGGGACCUUUUUAAAAUGUAUGGUGAAAUAGAGAGUAUCCGUGUGCUGCAUGAGAGAUUCUGUGCCUUUGUCAAUUUCAAGGAUGCAAACAUGGCAGCUCGUGCAAUGGAGAAGCUAAAUGGUUAUUGCAUUGAGAACACACGUUUAGUGGUGCGCUAUCCUGACCGUCGCACUCAGAGGGUCCUACCUAUUCCACUUAAGAUGUGUCUCCCUGUCACACAGCAGGCAGGGGCAGCAGCUGGACCUCGAAGGCGUGGCCCAGUGAACGGAGACGAGUGUUACUUCUGGAGAACCACCGGCUGCCAUUUUGGAGACAAGUGUCGCUACAAACACAUUCCUGAUCAGAAAGGAAAGGACAGGAAACCCUGGCAGCCAUAAACUCAGUAUGCUUCAGUAGUGUGCAGGAAACUAGGAUGCACACAGCGGAAGGAACCGGUACUAAGUGGACCAGGUUCUCUGGGCUAAAAAAUACUUACCAUGGCAAAAUGGACCAGAACAUUCAAAGGAUCAGAGCCAGCACUCAGGCUCUAAGGCAGAGAUAGUUAAACAUGUGCCACAAAGGACUGGGAGUGUGAUUGUUUUCACUAUACUGGAUGAUAUUGAUCAUCAGUUCACCAUUUAGCAGGUGGGAGCAAAGAAAUCACCUGGUGUUUUUGUUUGGAGUGAAAACCUUCAUAUUAGCAGCAGCUCAUGGAAUAUGGUGACCUAUCCCCGCUUUAAGGAAUACAACGUAACCUACAGGCCUACAGACAGAAAGAGGAAGUGAAACUGCUUUUGUCCGACAUACUAAAAAAAAGUCAUGGCUCUUUUCUGUACGGCAGAAAUGCCAACAUACAGCAGUGUUUCUCCCUAUUUAUAAUGUACAGUCACUUGGCCAAUACUUAAAGUUGUAGUUUGUGCAUCAACCAUUUCUCAAGUCAGUUUUCAGUUUAUACUGAGACUCCUAGUCAUACUUUCUGUUCUGUGCCAUAAACAGCAGAUUGUCCAAUAGACCAAAGACUACAGAUUACCUAACAUUUUAGUACUUUCCCUAGCCAUCUACAGUUUAGAUGAUCAUACAUGAAUAAGUGGACACAUGAGACACAAAUUGGACAUGAGGGAUGUAGAAGAAAUAAUUGAAACACCUGACAAUAUCAUGGAAUCCAGUAGAAUAUAUACUACCUUUUUAUGAAGGCUGUAGUGUUCAGUUUUUGUCAAGGCUGUAGUGUUGUUUUUCAAGUACUGUUUGAACUCUAUGGCAAUUUUAAGGCCAUAGUUUUUGGCUUUGUUUUUAUUGGACUACAUGAUGUAUCUGGUGUAUCAAGUUCUUUAGUCUUCACUCCCUGUUUUGCGGCCUGUAGAUGAGCUGAGACAUGGAUCUGUGUCCCCUAUCAUUGCAUUAGAAUUAUAGUCCAUGUAAUUUUUGGUACAUUUUCAUAGGAAACAUCACAGUGCUUUCUGUCUAUGCAAAAGACAUGUAGUGACCUGAUUGUCUGUUCUGUUUCAGAUAUUCACACCCACCACCACUGGCAAAUGUAAGUCUGCCAGUGGUUGUAGGUUGUUGUUGUCUGUGGCUAACAUGCCAAUCAUAUCGAUAAAUAAUUCAUACAAGACAGUGCCUUACAAAAAUUCAUGCUCAGUCAUGUGCGCACACACAUUUAAAGUCAUGCAUUGAAGAUGAUGCACUUAUAGAACUUUUGAAAAGCAGUGUUUUUGACCUUAGGGCCUCAAUUUCAGUAUUUCAGUGAACCAAAGAAUGCUUCAUCUGAUGGGUCGGCACUAAAAACAGUCUUGUUAUUUCAUGAGUUACAACACUAGGCAGUGCAUUAAAACCCAUUGGCAGACGUAUGCAUCAUCCACUAGAGAAGAAUUACAGUUAUGACAUCUGGCUUAAGUCUACACUACAUUCAAUAGUGAACUAUGCUCAGCGUAGUGACAGUAUUUAUUGUCCUAUUUAUAUCUUCUUCUUUUUUUCAACUUCUUUUUUUACAACAUAUCUUGGGAGCUGAAAUCCACUUUUAAUUUACUGGCCAACUUAUCUCCUCACUUUAGGGUAGGUUAAAGAAAUGUAUUUUCUACAAUUACAAUUUGUGCUGUUUAUGUCUGGCUUGAGAAGACAAGAAAGUGUUUUUCUGUUUGUAGUAACUGGUGCAAACACUGUUGCUCACUUCUCCUUUAUGUAUUAUUUUCUGUCUUGUGGCUAAAACUUGUGAAAAAGGAAUUAGACACCAAACUUCAAGACUGCACUUGUUGAACAAAUUUGCUUGUUCCUUUAUGCAAUUGGUGCUGUUAACUGUGGUGGCACAUUGCAUUUCAUUUUGUAGACUUAUAAAAUGCAUUGUAUGUUACCAUAGAUAGCAUCUUUUAAUUUAAUCUGAUACAUAUUUCCAAAUUGGUCAAGAGGUUUCCCUGGGUUUAAUGUAAGUCAUUUGGUUUGUAUUAGUCUAUUUGCUCUUUUUCAAACAAUUUCAGGAAAAUGCAUUUUUAAUUAUGGUGUACACAUUAAUAACCUGAGCACUGCAUUCUUGGUAAUCUUCCAAAUAUUUUGUAUUAUUGUUACUGCACUGCAAAAGAGUCUUUUAUAUUUAAUAAAUGUAUUUGAACCACCUA